AUGGUAUCACCACCUGGGAUGCCUAGUGUUUGCGUGAAUAGCCUGCUCUUUGCUGAUGAUGUGGCCAUAUUUGGCUCUCGUACUGAUGUGCAAACCAUGUUGGAUGUCGCUUCAGAUCACUCGUUCUCUCUUGGCUACAGAUGGAAACCAUCAAAAUGCGCUGUACUUUGUGCUCCUACUGCCUCUACUCGUCAUCCAUUGUCUCUAUACGGUGAACCUCUUCCUGUGGUAGAGGAAUUCACGUAUCUUGGUAUGCCGUUUAGAUAUAAAGGUCAGUAUGCCCCUGGGAUUCUCAAUCUGCGUGCUUCUGGUGCUAUCAAGACAAUGGCAUUGCUGAAUUCGGUUGGUGUCAAUCGAAAUGGUUUUUCUCUGUUGCUUUGUGCUCGUUUGUAUAAAAGCUUUAUUCGACCCAAGCUGGAAUACGGCUUAGCUAUAUCGCAUCUCUCUUUCCGUGACUUCAAGGCUCUUGAUGCUCUGCAAAAUCGAUUGGUUGGUAUGUUUGUUGGUAGUACAUGGUACAAUGUUGCCAAACAUUUGACCUGUAUUCCCAGCAUGAAGCAUCGAUAUAACGUUCUGACAACACGUUAUGCUCUUCGUGCUGAUACUCUUCCUGAUGAUUGCUUGUUGGUUCUGCUUCGUCGUGGCUUACUGUACACUCGUCUAGACAGAUUUAUUUGUCAAAACCCGUUGUAUCUGACACUAUCUGAUCCGCCGCCAUUCACCACUGCUGGUCUUACUGAAAUCUUUGAUUCGUAUUGGCAAGAUCAAGUGGAUCGUCAACUUGCUACCGCUGCUGCUACUGGUGCUCAGACUCUCCUUCGUGCUUGUCGUCCGUCUGUCUCUCGUCCAGAUCCCAUUCUGUAUCUGCCUAUUGGUCGAUCUGCUCGUAGUCGUCUUGUGCGGUGGCGUCUUGGACGUUUCACCAAUAUGCGUGAAGAAUGUCCGUGCACUACCGGUGAGUUUAUCUCCCGAGAUCACUUUCUGACAUGUCGCGCUCUGGAUCGUACCUUUUUUGAUGCUUUGCCACCUGCUCCACCUGGUAUCCAUCGCAUUGAUCAUGCUCUGAACUGUCUUCCAGACAAAGCUUCAGCUGGUCCACCGUACUUUUGGUCUGCUUUGCUCCUUUUGUUGCAUGCCAUUGAUUGCCUUGUGCAUCCUCUGGCUGUGAUCCCACCAGAUCCAGAUCCUGGAUCGCUCUGGUUUUCUGCUCAUUGA